AUGGCAGUGUCCUGCCCGGAAGUUAUGUACGGUGCAUACUAUCCUUAUUUGUACGGCCGUGCCGGACCGAGUCGACCGUUUUAUCAGUAUGAAAGGUUUAACCAGGAUCUCUACUCCACGACCGGCGUGCCGCUGGCCGCCUCAUCUAGCACCUCGGCCAGCUCGCACUCGCCAUGCAGCCCGCUGCUGCCACCCUCGCUCCCCACGAACAUGGCGGUCGCGGCCGCUGCGGCCCACUCCGCCUCCACCCAUACGGCCGCGGCGACGAUCAGCUCCCUCAGCCAGACCGCCAUCCCGACCAUCCCGACCAUCCCGCUAGGUGCCCUCCAGAGGCACAUCACCAAAGAGGAAGACAUCAGCACGGCCCGAAGCGACACCGAAGGGACCAUUUCCGGCGCCCACAAUGACAGCUCGUGCUCUUCCGGGCCCGACUCGCCCCACAAUCUCAACCAGCAGCACCUGCAAGCCCAUGGGCUGGCGGUGGCGGCGGCGGCAGCGGCAGCGGCGGCGGCGGUCGCAGGGACGUCCUCCGGUGCUGGGAGUGGCGAGGCGGCCGGCGGAAGUGGGAUGCUGACGGCGGGGAAUGGGCGGGCGCAGUACCUGUCGGCGACGUGCGUCGUCUUUACGAACUACUCCGGCGACGCGGCCAGCUCGGUGGACGAGCACUUUUCUAGGGCGUUAAAUUUUAGCGAUAAAAACAAUAAAGGAACCCUAUCGAUGGCCAGUAGAAACUUUCCUCCCUCGUUUUGGAACAGUAAUUACGUUCCACCGGCCCCCGCACCCGCGCACCAUCAGGUUCCCGACCUCUACACCACCGACACCGGGUACUCGGCGGAUCCGUGGCACGCGGCACACUACGGUUCGUACGCACACGCGGCCCACGCACACGCCGCCCACGCCCACGCGUACCACCACAAUAUGGCCCAAUAUGGCAGCUUACUGAGGUUACCCCAACAGUACGGACACACGUCACACAGGUUACACCACGACCAACAGACGGCACAUGCGGCGGCGUUAGAAAGUGCCGCCGCGUACACGAGCUAUCCAACGAUGGCAGGCCUAGAAGCGCAGGUACAAGACUCGUCAAAGGAUCUGUACUGGUUCUAGAUCGCCAAAGUGCAUACUUGUAAGCAACAAAAGUAACAGUGUUGUCGUCAAAUGGUGGAGCUUAUGAAGCGUUAGUUUUGCGAACCAGUGAAUAAAGAUUAAAAAAAAACAAGACAUAA